UUAUUUCGCUUUUGCAUGAAGCGUUUUCCUCUCCUUCCUCCUCUCUCUUUCUUUUUUUCUCCUUCGUGUUCCUCACUCUUGAAGCGGCUCCUCUUCUCAGUGAUGGGGGCGAUCGAGGGGGCGAUCGCCGUGUUCCGGAGCGAGCGAGGGUUCUGACCCUUGGCGUGUGCGCGAACGCGAGCUCGGGGCGGUUUGGAUCGGGGCGAUCCUCGGCGAUUUGGUGGGUGAUCGGCGGCGGCGGCGGAGGAGGUGCUCGGAGAUGGCGGCGGCGGCGGCGCAGCGGUGUAUGAACGCCGUUUGCGGCGCGGCGGCGCCGCCGCAGGGGGGUGAGUGGAGGAAGGGGUGGCCGCUGAGAUCGGGCGGGUACGCCGCUCUCUGCGACAAGUGCGGGAUGGCAUACGAGCAGCUUGUGUUUUGUGACAUAUUUCACCAAAAAGAAUCCGGUUGGAGAGAGUGCGCUUUCUGUGGAAAGCGUCUUCAUUGUGGAUGCAUCGCUUCGAAGUUUUCAUUCGAUCUUCUCGAUACUGGAGGAGUACAUUGCAUUAGCUGCAUGAAGAACUCGGGACUUUCUCUCAUCCCAAGUAAAAUAAUGCCAAAGUUUAUGCCACCUCAUGAAUACCAAAGGCUCUUUGGUCUCUAUCCUAGGAAUUUGAAGGAUGAGAGUGUGCCAGGAAGUUCUUUUUCUGCUGAUGACAAACUUGAUGAUACUGCUAAGAAGAACUUCGAAGCUGGACAGAGCAGUAUGAUUUUGAAGCCGAGAGAGAUCGAGAAUGGAACUGGUCCAAUAAAAUGGGAGCAUAUUAACCCCUUCUUAAGGAGAAGUCAAAAUUCUAUAGGUUCUUCACAAAGUACCCAACAAGAUGACAGUAAAGAUACAGAUAAUGUGGCAUGUGAAUCGCUAACCAAGGCAUGUCUAAGCAUGAGCUUGGGGAUUUCUAAUUCUGGCAGCAAAUUUGAAACUACCUUGAAUAUUGAAAGGAAUAUAAUGCUGCCUCCUCCAAGUGCCAUUGCUGAAGGAAGCGAUUUGAGUAAGAAACUCUCUCCCUUUCAGCAGGUGGAACGGGGUCGCCAUUUUCUCCAUAAACCCCCAAAGACUGGGCCUGGCCUUGGUGUUGCGUGUGAUAAUACAGCAAAGGAUGUGGUCCCGCUGCGUGUUGCUAGGCCACCCAUUGAGGGGAGAGGCCGGAAUCAAUUGCUUCCGCGUUAUUGGCCAAGGAUUACGGACCAGGAACUACAGCAAAUAUCUGGAGAUGCAAAUUCAACCAUUGUUCCAUUAUUUGAGAAGGUUCUCAGUGCCAGCGAUGCUGGCCGUAUUGGCCGGUUAGUCCUUCCAAAAGCGUGUGCUGAGGCAUAUUUUCCUCCUAUUUCUCAACCAGAAGGCCGUCCGUUGACUAUUCAAGAUGCAAAAGGAAAAGAGUGGCACUUCCAGUUCAGAUAUUGGCCAAAUAAUAACAGCAGAAUGUAUGUCUUAGAGGGUGUUACGCCCUGUAUACAGUCCCUGCAAUUACAAGCUGGUGAUACAGUCACUUUCAGUCGAAUAGAACCUGAAGGGAAACUUGUUAUGGGCUUCCGAAAAGCAACCAACACUGUGACAUUGCAGGAUUCUCAGAUUUCUGCGAUCGCAAAUGGUUCUUUUGUUAGCGAUACAUUCUUUUCUGGUGCAAAUGAGAACUUCCCAAUUGUAAGUGGUUUCUCUGGACUUCUUCAGUCAGUAAAAGGAACAGCAGACUUCCACUCGGGCUCUCUAUCUGAACGUCUUAGUUCAGCUGAUGGGGAUGCUAGUUGGCUUAAGGCAGAGAUGUUUGGAGGGAGACCAAAUGAGGACUUGUCUUUUCAGCCUUUACAGAAAAGGAGCCGCAAUAUUGGUGCGAAAAGCAGGAGACUGCUUAUGGACAAUUUAGAUGCCCUAGAACUGAAGCUCACUUGGGAAGAGGCUCAAGAUUUGCUGCGUCCGGCUCCAAGUGCUAAGCCAACUGUUGUCACGAUUGAAGACCAUGAUAUUGAAGAAUAUGAAGAACCCCCUGUCUUCGGAAAGAGAACUAUUUUCACAGUUCGAGCUUCAGGGGAACAAGAUCAAUGGAUCCAAUGUGAUGAUUGUUCCAAAUGGCGUAAAAUACCUGUUCAUGUCAUUGUUGCGUCAAAGUGGACUUGUGCUGAUAACUCCUGGGACCCUAAAAGCUCUUCAUGUUCCGCGCCUGAUGAAUUGAACCCAAAAGAGCUGCAAAAUAUUCUUCGGCAAUAUGCAGAUCUGAAGAGGCAGAGGUUGAGCGGCAGUUUCAAACCAACAAACUCAUCUGACCUGGACACACCCGGUCUCGAUACCCUGGCCACUGCUGCCACCCUGGGGGAGGUUGGAAACCAAUCUGGUGCCACCACCUGCGCCGCCCCAACCACCCGUCACCCCCGCCACCGUCCCGGCUGCUCAUGCAUUGUAUGCAUUCAACCCCCCAGCGGCAAGGGCCCCAAGCACAACCCUGCGUGUACGUGCAAUGUUUGCAUGACCGUCAAACGCCGCUUCAAAACGCUAAUGAUGCGAAAGAAGAAGCGCCAGUCCGAGCGUGAGGAAGCCGAGGCCAAUACUAGUAACAAGAAGAUUGGUUGGAGCAACAAGGAAGAAUUCGAGGGAAGUAACCCGUUUAGAGUGGAGAGUGAUCUGGGGGCUGAUUACAGUAGGAGCAUUAUCGAGAAGCUCGAGGCGAGCAAGGGGCGGAUCGACUUGAACUGCCACCCGGGAAGAAGUGAGGACCAACAAGUGGGUCAGUCUCGACCGCCGAGCAUGAUGAGCCUUCUGCAGGUGGCAAACCGGCCGCUUGAGAAUUAUCUGAAGCAGAACGGUUUGACGAGUCUCGUGUGCGAACAAGCGAGCUCGAGCACGCUAACGGUUCCGCAAGCCACCGGGGAGAGCGAGGGGCGAACUUCCAACGAAGGCCACCGCGCUUCGGUGGACCGUGAACAGGAUAGUGUAGUUGACGAAGGGUGCGGUAAUCAGGACAAGGUUGUAGUGGACGCCACUUGAGUUGUGUUUAUGUAAUGUUUGUAGCCUUUCGUGGAGGGUGUCUCUGGUCUUGUGAAUUUUGAAAAGAUGGAGAGUGCGACAUGGUCUUCUAGGUUGUUUUUUGUUUUUUUUGUUUUUUUUUUUUUAAGGUUAUGUAUACACCUAUGUUUACUUUAAAAAUCGUGCCGGUGUAUUUUUUUGCCUUUUCUUUUUUUUACAUUAUUAUAUAGUUAAGUUGUGGAUCUUCCUUUGUGAACAA